CUCCGGCUCCACCCUGCGCACCACUGUUGCCGCAACCUCCAGUCCUCUCCCAACAUGGCGUCUUUCGCCCGCUGAGUGCACUUUCCCGAGUCCAUACCGAGACAUGCACACAGGUUUGCCGGGCGGCAGACUCACAUCUUAGAGCAGCGCCGCUUCCCUUCCCGUCUGACUGUCGCACUCCGCCUGGAGCCCGUGCCGCCAUGGCUCACUCCCCGGUAGCUGUGCAAGUCCCAGGGAUGCAGAACCACCGAGCUGAUCCAGAAGAGCUCUUCACAAAGCAAGAACGCAUUGGCAAAGGUUCUUUUGGUGAAGUGUUUAAAGGAGUUGACAACCGGACUCAGCAUGUGGUUGCAAUAAAGAUCAUUGACCUAGAAGAAGCAGAGGAUGAAAUAGAAGACAUACAGCAAGAAAUAACUGUCCUAAGCCAGUGCGACAGUCCAUAUGUGACAAAGUACUAUGGUUCUUACUUGAAGGGCACCAAACUGUGGAUUAUAAUGGAGUAUUUAGGUGGCGGGUCUGCUUUAGAUUUACUGCGUGUUGGUCCUUUUGAUGAGUUCCAGAUUGCCACCAUGUUGAAAGAAAUCCUGAAAGGGCUUGAUUAUCUUCACUCUGAAAAUAAAAUUCACAGAGACAUCAAAGCUGCCAAUGUCUUACUUUCUGAACACGGUGAUGUAAAACUAGCUGACUUUGGUGUUGCUGGACAGCUGACUGACACACAAAUUAAACGGAACACAUUUGUUGGGACACCUUUUUGGAUGGCUCCAGAGGUUAUACAGCAAUCUGCUUAUGAUUCCAAGGCAGACAUUUGGUCCUUGGGCAUAACUGCAAUUGAGCUAGCUAAAGGAGAACCACCAAACUCUGACAUGCAUCCCAUGAGGGUACUGUUUCUAAUCCCGAAAAAUAAUCCACCUACUUUAAUGGGUGAUUUUAGCAAGCCCUUCAAGGAGUUUAUUGAUGCCUGUUUAAACAAAGAUCCCACCUUUCGCCCUACAGCAAAAGAGCUCCUAAAGCACAAGUUUAUUGUGAAAAAUGCCAAGAGGACAGCUUACUUGACAGAGUUGAUUGAUCGGUUUAAAAGAUGGAAGGCAGAAGGACACAGUGAUUCCGGCUCUGAUGAUUCCGAUACGGAGUCCAGUAACAAAGAGAACAAUUCUCACCCUGAGUGGAAUUUUACCACAGUGAGGAAGAAACCAGAUGCAAAAAAAUUUCAAAAUGGAACCGAUCAGGAUCUUGUGAAGACCCUUAGCUCUUUGUCUGUAAUAAUUGCCCCAGUAUUUGCUGAGCUUAAACAGCAAGAUCGGAAUAAUGUGGUCCGGAAAAAUGCGAUUGAAGAACUUGAGAAAAGCAUUAAUGUAGCGGAGGCCAUCUAUCCAGGGAUCACUGAUAAGAUGGUAAAGAAACUCAUGGAAAAAUUCCAAAAGUUUUCUGUCAGUGACUCUUAAGUGUCUCCUGAUGUAAAACACCAGCCUAUUAGGAGGGCAGAAGGACAUUCAACAAUUCUACUCCAAGCCUGGCCGUGCUUCGCUUUCUCAGCUCCUUGUGCCUUUUUGGAUCUUUUGCAAAACACAACAUUGACCAUGAUCAAGAGUUUGGAGUGAAUCUCCAACUUUUUUGUUUAUAUAAAUAUAUAUAUAUAUAUAUAUAUAUUAUUUUUUUGUGAUGGUGUAAAUGGUUUUAUAUUUUCAGGAAAUUAUUUUGUAAAGACCGAUUACGUUUUAAUAAUGUUUCAUCUUUUUGUUUAAUCCGGUAAAUGUUGAUAAUGUGCUUUAUUUUCCCUCUUGGGUAACAGUAAGAUGUACAAGUAGCAGUAUGUUGUGGUUUUGAUGCACCGUACACUGAUGAAACCUAUUGGUCUUUUUAGGACUAAAGAAAACUUGACAUUUCCUUAUAUAUAGAUGUGGAGGCUCACUACCUCUAUUACAAAAGCUGUUUCAUUUAGCAGGGUAUUUUUGAGCUGCCAUAUUACUUAACACCUUGAUUAGCAUCAACUUUGAGCAGGCUCUCAUCUGAAUUUAAACUUGUUCACUCUGGGAAGAUACCAGAGCUCUUCAAGUGUAUGAAAGGCCAAGUUACAUAUGGCUCAGCAGUAUAUGCCGUAAAACAUAUCAGUACACUGCUUACAUUGUGCAAAUCUCAAUACAACCUUGGCCAGUUGGUAAAAAGCUAUUCUAAAUUCUCCACACUCCAUUCUGUUAUCCACUUUUUCACAACCAAAGUUGUGAGUUUAAAAUAUGUAAAUGGGGUCCUGCUUUUCAUAACAAAAAUGCCUCCCUGUCCUAUUUUAACCUGCACUGUGCCUACUAUGUAUAGAAAAGGAAAACAAUUGCAGAAAAAUCUGACCAUAGUAAUGCUUUCAGAUUUGCAAGUAAAAUGUAGCACUAUUUUUAUUUUAUUUUUGACUUGAAGGCUUUUUCUUUGGAGACCUAUUCAAGCCGUGUAACUUUGCUUUCUUUAAGGAGAGUUAAAGCAAUACUUUUUUGCUAUUAAGCAAAGUGUUAGUCUAUUGUAAAUUAAUCUCUUGAGAAUAAAAUAUGUACAUUUAAUGCUUCAGUGAGGGUCUGAGCAUCAUGUAAGAAAAUACCCUCUGAACAGACUUGAGACAAUGGUUCACACCAGCAUUACCCCAGUUACAUGUUUAAUAUAUAUAUAUAUAUAUAUAUAUAUAUAUAUAUAUAUAUAUAUAUAUACAUACUUUUUUUCAUGUAAUAUAUUCCAUUCUUUCAUUUCCAUCCAUUAACUCCACCAUCACGUAUUUAUAAUCCUGUGAAAGUGUAUUUUAAAUAUGUAUUUACCAAUUCAUAUACAAAUGAGUUAUAGAUAUUAUUUCACAAAAAAGAAACUUGAUAUUUGGCAGUACAAAUAAUUUUUCAUAAAUAACCGGCAGAACUGUAAAUGAUCAAAUGUAUAUUUAUGGUACUGCUAAAAGGGAUGUUUAAGUUACUGCCCCGUGUAUAUAUUUUUCUUUGGUUUGAAUUGAGCAUGUGUUUCAGCAUUUUGUUUCCUUUGCUGUUGGUGUAAUUUUAUAUAUAUAUCAUAUAUAUAAAGGCUGGAUGUGUUAAUUUUAUGAUUUUGAGCCCUGCAAAAAAAUAUAUAUUUUUUGUUACAGGGAUUAUAAUCUUUUUCGCUGUAGAGGUUAGCCAUGCAUUGUUAAAUGAAAAUGCAUUGCAAUUCUCUCAUCGAAUGGAGUAAAAACCGAAGACUGUCUGCCAAAUAGUGUAAUGGUGCGUUUCAGUCGCAUACUACAUUUAGUCAAAUUGCCAUUACAGUGUUUAUUUAAUAUUAAAGUAGCUAUUCAUGUUAAAAUGGUAACUUUCUCCACAUUCUUCUGAAGAUGAACAUGCAAUUUUCAUAAAUUAAAACUUGUUUGGUACACUGCUAGCUGCACUUUAAUUAUACAAUUCUUCAAUUGCUAGUAGAUUAGAAAAACAGAUAAUUUAUCACCACAAAAACUCUGCUUUAUAUUUAAAUGUUUAAAAAAAUAUAUAUAUAUAUAUUUUGUAUCCUUGUCUAUUCUGUAAUUAUUUUAACUUAUGCUUUUUUUUCUUUCUUAUUGUUUGAGGCCCCCUCUAAGAAAAUGAAUACAAAGUUUACUGGCUAAUUCAACGUGUGUCAAAGACUUGACCUCUAUCUAUUUUUGUUAAUGUCUUAGAAUUAUUAAUCUUUUAGUUUUUUUAAUUAUGAAUCCAGCAUUUCAGCCUGUCUUAAGGGGAAAAAGUAAUUUACAAGCCAUUUUUGAGUUUUGGUGGUGAUAAUGGAUAAGUAGUUUUAUAUACAAAAUUAAUAUAGAUGAGUCUUGACAGUUGAGGCAUGCAACUUUUUAGUUUUUCGAUUUUAAAUUGAUACAUGCAUUAUUAUGAGUGGAGUGCCCCCCAUGACUACUGGAUAUUGUUGUAAUAUAUAUAUAUAUUGUAUACAAUAUGAAGUGUGCUAUGACCUACACAGGAAUGAUUAAAGAAGAUUCUUUAUGAACCUAGGGGGUUAUUUGCCUCUCACUCCAGCAUAUUUUAUUCUUUCAUGGUUAAGUUAUAUCUAACAUGAAUUGCUGCUUUAACAGGACACUUGAAAUAUGUGGCUGGCAAAUGCCAAGGAAAGUGGUGCCUACACAAUUUAAUUCACUUUUAACGUCUUUUUUUUUAAUUUUUAACAAGUUCUGUUAUGGUUUAUCUGCGCUUAUAACUUAAUCUCACUUCAAAUUUAUAUCUUGAAAAGUCUGAAAAUAGUUUUUGAAAACAAUGCUAUGAAAAAAAAUAUUUUUAUAAAUAUAUAAAAGCCGUAAAAGAUGUAAAUAGUUGAUCAGAAAGCUUUAUAAAAUAACUUCACAGAGAAAAAUGGAAAAAUAUAGUGGUACCCAUAUAUCCUUCGUAGUCAUUACUCUUGUAAAUCUGUUAAUAGAGUAAGCUUAUUUCAAUAUUUCAGGGGAUUUUAAAUGGUUUAAGAAUAAAUAUUUAAAUUGUUAGACUUGAA